GGAAAAAAAAGGCCCCAAGGAAGAGCCAACUCCAUUUUUCCCCGUUCCAACCGAGAAAAGCCGCCACCUCCCUGGCGGACCCAAUUCGACCGUUAGAGACUCAACCCAGCUUCAACACCCGCUCUUCUUUUAAAAUUCGAAUAAAACCCCUUGUGAAACCCAUCAACAGCGAGAGAAUGAGAGAAAGCUCGGUCACUGCCUAAUGUAAUCCAAAGGUUCCCUUCCAUCCCCUCCAUUGCUCUCCCUCUUCCUCUCAACGUAAUGUCUCUCAAUCAGCCGCUGGUCCCGCCACCCCCUUCCUCUCCGGCCGAGUAUUUUGCUUCCCUCCUUCGGACAUGCCUGAAGGCCAACAACGCAUUCGCCGGAAAAUCCAUCCAUGCCCGUGCCGUCAAAGCUGGGCUCCUCCACAUCAGCGUUUACCUCACUAACAAUCUCAUUAACUUCUACGCAAAAGUUGGGCUUUUCACUGACGCGCACCGUCUUUUUGAUGAGAUGCCUCUGAAGAACAUGUUCUCAUGGAAUUCGAUUCUCUCUUUGUAUGCAAAGGGUGGUUGCAUCGGCAGGGCAUGUGAUUUAUUUGAGAAAAUGCCCGAAAGGGACUCGGUUUCAUGGACCACGAUGAUUGCCGGUUUCAAUCAGAUGGGCCUGUUUGAAAUGGCAGUCAGAGCAUUCUUGAAUAUGGUAUCAGUUGGAAUUGCGCCAACUCAGUUCACAUUUACAAAUAUCUUUUCCUCCUGUGCAGCUCUGGAGGCUUUGGAUGUCGGUAGGAAGGUACAUUCUUUUGUGGUGAAGCUUGGGCAUGGUAGUUGUGUUCCUGUUGCUAACUCCCUUCUCAACAUGUAUGGGAAAUGUGGAGAUGCAGGCACAGCAAAGGUUGUGUUUGAUAGGAUGAAAGUGAGGAGUGUAUCAAGUUGGAAUUCUAUGAUCUCUUUGUAUGCUCAGUUGGGAGGGAUGGAUCCUGCCUGUGCCCUAUUUGAGGAGAUGACUGAACGUAACAUUGUUUCUUGGAAUGCAAUCAUUGCAGGAUUCAACCAGAACAGCUCAGAUCUGCAGGCAUUGGAGUUCUUUUCGUGGAUGAUGAAAGAGCCUUCCAUGAUACCCGAUAAUUUCACACUGACAAGCAUUCUAUCUGCUUGUGCUAAUCUUGGAAUGCCAGGCGUGGGGAAGCAAAUCCAUGCGUACAUCAUAAGAACCGAAAUGCCAUGCAAUGGACAGGUUGGAAAUGCCUUGAUCUCAAUGUACUCCAAGUCUGGUGGGGUUGAAAUUGCUCAACGGGUUGUUGAACAAACAAUGACCUCUGAUCUCAAUGUCAUAUCAUUUACCGCUCUACUCGAGGGUUAUGUCAAGCUCGGAGACUUAGAACCAGCUAGAAAAAUCUUUGACUCCAUGAAAUACCAAGAUGUGGUAGCUUGGACAGCUAUGAUAGUAGGGUAUGUACAAAAUGGUUUUAACAAUGAAGCGAUGGAACUCUUCAGGUUGAUGGUCGACAAGGGUCCUAAGCCGAAUAAUUACACUCUUGCUGCGAUACUGAGUGUCUGCUCGAGCUUGGCAUCCUUAAAUCAUGGCAAGGAGCUUCACUGCAAAGCCAUCAGAUCAAGAGAAGGGCUAUCUGUCUCGGUAAGCAAUGCUCUUAUAACAAUGUAUGCAAAGUCUGGAAGCAUCACAGGGGCAAGGAAAGUGUUUGAUCAGAUAUGUCAGAACAAAGAAACAAUUUCAUGGACUUCCAUGAUCUUAGCUUUAGGUCAACAUGGAUUAGGAGAAGAAGCUAUCAGCUUAUUUGAGGAGAUGAUUGAUGUUGGCGUGAGGCCUGAUCAUAUAACUUAUGUCGGUGUGAUUUCAGCAUGUACACAUGCGGGGCUGGUGGAAGAGGGUAAACGUUAUUUUGAACUAAUGCAGAGCAAGCACCUGAUAGUACCCACACUGAGCCAUUAUGCUUGCAUGAUCGAUCUUCUCGCACGUGCUGGUUUACUUUAUGAAGCCCAAGAGUUCAUAAAGGAGAUGCCAGUAGAACCGGAUGCUAUAGCAUGGGGAUCACUCCUAGCUGCUUGCAAGGUUCACAAAAAUGCUGACUUGGCAAAGAUUGCUGCGGAAAAACUACUGGCCAUUGAUCCUGAAAAUAGUGGUGCUUAUUCUGCCCUGGCUAAUGUUUAUUCUGCAUGUGGGAGAUGGGGUGAAGCUGCCAAGAUUUGGAAGCAAAUGAAAGACAGGUGUGUGAAGAAAGAGAAGGGGUACAGUUGGGUUCAGAUAAAAGAUAAGGUUCAUGUGUUCGGGGUUGAGGAUUCACUGCAUCCACACAGAGAUGCAAUAUAUGAGAUGGCUGCACAAAUUUGGAAGGAGAUCAAGAAAGCAGGUUUUGUUCCUGAUACUGAUUCAGUACUGCAUGACAUUGACGAGGAGCUGAAGGAGCAACUACUUAGCCAUCACAGUGAGAAGCUUGCUAUUGCUUUUGGGUUGAUCAGUACUCCAGAAAAGACAACUCUGAGGAUUAUCAAGAACCUAAGAGUUUGUAAUGACUGUCAUUCUGCAAUAAAGUUUAUAUCCAAGGUUGUUGGAAGGGAGAUCAUAGUACGAGAUGCUACUCGGUUUCAUCAUUUCAGGGAUGGCUUUUGCUCAUGCAAAGAUUAUUGGUAGGAACUAUACAUGUAGCGGGAUUAAUAUAUCCCCUUCCAAGGAGACAGAUAGCAAUCCAUUUGGAGGAGCUGUUGCUGAUUUGAACAUAGUACAGUUCUCAGGGUCACCCUCAGCCAGAUGAAUUUAGUCACUGUAAGUAUUUUAUAUACUACCAAAAGGAGAAAAUGCAUGGAUUAUAGAUUUUUGGUGUUGCAGAGGUCCAUCUAUAUUUAUUGGUCGCUGAGAUUCAUAUUCAGAAAGAAAUUAUGUUAUGCAGGGACUAGAGAAGUAUUGAUCAUCUUUGAAGUUACUAUAUUACAAUUAUGUAUUUCAUAUCUUUCAGUCUCAAAUUUCAUAAAUUUUGUCCUUCUGUAUGUGUUUGUGAGAGAGCGAAAUUUUGUCCGCUGUGCCCAUGCUACUACUCUUAAAUCACAAAUGUUAACUUGAGUUGCAUUA